CGAUACAUGUGCGUACCGAACCGAAAGCACUGUAUCGAACGGUUCAAUAUCGAUACGAGUAUCGUUGCACCCCUUAUAUAUAAUUUUUUUUUUUUUGUACAGAGAAUAGGAAUGUGUUGACGUCUUUAUUAUAUGUCAUAUCUUUAUUUUAUUUCAAUGUGGUAAAACGUAGCUUUGGCUGAAAUUUGAGAGUAAUUGUAAAAUAAGUUAAAGUAUUUUGCAGAUUUAAAGCUUAGUGUUUAAUUAUAAACUGCACAACUUAAGGAAAUUGCAUAUUUUUUAGAGAUGCUGUGACAUGUGUGGUACAUGACUUUUAUUUUGAAACAAUCCCUUAUUUUACUGCCAGAAUACUUAAUUAGAGCAGUUACUGUGUACAUGUUCAAAUGCUGAAAGACCCUUGCUCUUCUGUUUAACGUGCUCUUAGAUGUUUAGUCUGUGUCUUUGAUUAGACUGAAUCGUGUCCACCGUUGAUCACUGGUGUUCACACAGAUCUUUUGAGAUGCUGAGAUUUUGAUAUAAUGUGGAUUCUGGGCUGAUAUCGUGGAGGGACACGAUUGCCAGAUGGGACUCAGGAGUAAUUUGCACUUAAUGACUCUAGCUGUAUUUAUUGAUUUAGCGACCUGUUGCCACUGGGUGGCAGCACUGAUAUGUUUUGUUUACUGUUGGCAACAUUCAUAUGAAAUCAACAACUUCUUGACAGAUUAAGGAACUUGGGUUUGCUUUUAACCACAAGAAGUCAUUCAGAUAGUAAUAAUCAUACAUGCUGUGUUUCACUGGAGUUUCACUGUGACUGUUUACAUUUAUUGUCCAAGAGGAGAGAAAAAAAGCGAAUUAAUUACUGAAGAAAAAAUUAUGUUUGGAUCUUUUUCAUCACAUGCCUUCAAGUCACCAAUAAUAAGGAUCCUUAAUUGUUGAUCAGGCAUCCUAGUUUUAUUUAGCCUCUUGCCUUUCUCUGCAUUCAAUAUCUCACUUCUUCAGAGUGAUUAGUAUGUUUUAUUAAACAUUUGUCUGCGUGAGUCAGCUGAUGCCUCAGCUUUACCAUGUGUGCGUGCAUGUGUGUAGGUAUAUAUGAAUGGGGCGGGGAAGUGCAAAAGGCAGAUUCUUAAAACGGUGCUUUCCACCAUUAUGGGUUUGUGAGUCUUUCAAAUGAAGCCGUGUCUACAUACUCUUUAUCACAGUUUGCUCAUGCCCAUCACAGAGGGAUUUUCCCCUAAUAUACACCUCUGUCUCAUUUGAAUAUCUCCUAGAGAGGUGCGCUGUUUUACGUCGACAGCUCAGCUGCAAAUUUGUACAGAAGAUAGCUUUUUUUUUUUUUCUUCUGAUCUGCUGUCCCUUCAUAGAGUAAUUUAUUGCUUAAUCCACUGAAGUCCCAGAAGAUCCAGUUUAAAGUGUGGACAGGUUCAAACUGGUCUUUAAUCAUUCUGUUGAAAAGCACACUUGAGGGGUCAGAAAGCACUGUUGUAGCAUAUUGAAAUGUGCUGACAUUUUGGGCAGCUUACAUGCUCUAAAGACUCGGUGUUAGACACAGACUUGUGACUAAAGGUGUUGGAAAAAAGUCUAAAAAUGUAGGAAAGCAGACUUCUUCCAUAUCAAAAGUUUCAAAUGUAAAAGUGCAGGUGACGAAGUCUGUGUGUGACUUCAAUAAACAAAUACAGUACACCUACAUUGUUGGACUUACUGACAUACUAAUACCAAGUUGCAGCUACUUUCAGGAAACAGACCUUUCAGCAGUCAUUCGUCCAGAGUGCACAAAUGCUUUCAUCAUUGUUUUUCAUACCGUUCCUCUUAUUUCCAUAUUGGGUUUUUUAAAAACAGCUUUCCCCUCACUCGAUGCUCCUACUGCCCACUGCCACUGGUAAUGGAUUGUUAUUGUUCGGGUGUUUAUGUGGAGAAGCACUGCCGGGCUAGAUGGGGCUGAAAGAAUAUCUUUUUUUGUUUUAGAAAUGAACAAUGAAAAUGCCUUGUUUUGUUUGUUUGUGAGCUUUAUUUUCUGACUUUGUACUUGUUCAGUUUUAGUUGCCAUGCUUUUUAAAAGCAGUGUCUGAAUGAUAUAAUUACAUGCCAUCUUCUUAAAACAGUACGAGGUCUGGUAUCUUUAUUUUUCUCUUUGAUUUCACGUUUCUUCUGAAGAUGCUGUCCCUUACUACUCCAUCCAAGUAUGAGGAGCAGGAGUUUCUUUCUCCUUGCUUUUAUCAUUUACGAGAGGAAAAACACUUUUGAAUCCAGUCAGUGACGAAGCAACAACUUCAUUCCUUUUCCCACUCUGAGUUUGGCACGUAUAGCUCCUUUUUCAUGUUGACGUUAUAUUCCCCCCCCCCCUUUAAAACCACACAGGGGGACUCGCUGAUGCAUUUGCAUUUAUUUUACUAAAACUACCAUCCACUGUUGUCCCAUGGCACCUAGUGAUUUGAUUUGUAAAUGAGACACAGAUGCAAAAGAUACACCUAAUAGAGACUCAUAUGUUUUUUGAUACAGUUUCACAUCAAAUUAGUUAAAGUCAGUUAGUGUUUUAAUGUAGGUUGUCGUGCUCGUCACUGUUUUCCUAAAGUAAUUCCAAAAUCAGGGAUGCUGUCCCUUAUAUACAUAUUAAAAAAACUCCUUUGUCUGCAGACAAAGGAAGGUUUAAAAGAAAGAAAGUUUAAUUUGAUACCUGUUUCUGGAAUAAGACACCUUUUCUUGUGUCCACAUUUAUGUCUGUAGGCCUUAAAACACCUACAAUAACAGAGGAAGGACGGCUAUAUUAUAUUUUGACCUCAUUUCAAGUCAAAGCGUGGCAGUCAGUCACAUCACAGGGAGGUCAGUUAGUUCUCGUCAUGCACCUCCCCCUGUCACAUGAUUAUACAAUAUCUUGAUGCUUGAGUUGUAGCAACAAGUGCGAAGUUUACAUCACCGAAGAAAAGCUUUUAGGCAAGAAGGGGAACCAACGGCUGCUAAACAUCUCAGAUUCGACCUCUCGUAGGUGAUAAUAGAAGAGAUUUACUGCAGAUUUCUUCACCUUCAGACGGUGUUGGGACAUUGCUGGAGUUCUUUACGUCCUGUGUGGUCGUCAUGCCUUCUUAUACAGUUACAAUUGCCACAGGGAACCAGUGGUUUGCGGGGACUGAUGAUUACAUCUAUAUUACACUUGUGGGCACGGAGGGGUGCAGCGAGAGAACGCUCCUGGACAAACCUCUUUACAAUGACUUUGAGAGAGGAGCGGUGGACUCCUAUGAGGUGAGAGUUGGGGAGAACCUGGGUGAUAUCGUCUUGGUGAAGAUUGAGAAGAAGAAGUACUGGGUGCAAGACGACUGGUACUGCAGGUACAUCACUGUCAAGACCCCAUCUGGAGACUACUUGGAGUUCCCCUGCUUUUGUUGGCUGGUGAAUGACAAGGAAGUGGUGCUCCGAGAUGGACGAGCACAUCUGCCUCAGGAUGAUAAGACCAGUCUGGUCAAGCAGCACAGACAGAAAGAGCUGGACGGGAGGAGAAAAACCUACAGAUGGAGAGAGUGGCAGCCAGGCUUUCCUAUGAGUAUAGAUGCUAACAGACACAAGGAUUUGCCCCGGGACAUCCAGUUUGACAGUGAGAAAGGAGUGGACUUCGUACUGAACUACAGCAAGGCAAUAGAGAACCUGUUUGUGAACCAGUUCAUGCACAUGUUCCAGUCCUCCUGGAGUGACUUCUCUGACUUUGAGAAAAUCUUUGUGAGAAUCAAAAACACCAUUUCAGAGUAUGUGAUGCAACACUGGAAAGAGGAUUUCAUGUUUGGAUACCAGUUUCUGAAUGGUUGCAACCCUGUACUGAUCCGGAAGUGCAAGAAGCUCCCUGACAAGUUUCCCGUCACUCAUGAGAUGGUUGCUGUCAGCCUGGAGAGGGAGCUCACCCUGGAGGAGGAAAUAGAGGCAGGUAACAUCUACAUAGCAGACUACGAGGUGCUAGACGGCAUCACUCCAAACUCCACAGACCCCUGCACACUGCAGUACCUGGCAGCUCCGAUCUGUUUGCUAUACAAGAAUGCUCAGAACAAGAUCAUGCCCAUAGCCAUACAGCUUGGCCAGGUUCCAGGUGAAGACAACCCCAUCUUCCUACCAACUGACGGUCAGUACGACUGGCUGCUGGCUAAGAUCUGGGUCCGCUCCAGUGACUUCCACCACCACCAGACAAUCACACACCUGCUCCGGACACAUCUGAUGACAGAGGUGUUUGGUAUUGCCAUGUUCAGGCAGCUUCCUGCUGUUCACCCUGCAUUUAAGCUACUCAUCCCACACAUUCGUUUUACCAUCGCAAUCAAUACCAAGGCUCGAGAGCAGCUCAUCUGUGAGUGCGGCAUCUUUGACAAGGCGAAUGCAACAGGCGGAGGCGGUCACGUCCAGAUGGUUCAGAGGGCUGUGAAGACUUUGACCUUCAGGUCUCUGUGCUUCCCUGAUUUGAUCAAGUCCCGUGGUGUGGACAGUAAGGAGGAACUGCCCACCUACUUCUACAGGGAUGAUGGCUACAAGGUGUGGGAGGCUACCAAGAGGUUUGUGUCUGAUGUUGUGAAUAUUUAUUACACAAGCGAUGAGAGAGUGCAGGGAGAUGAAGAAAUCCAGGCCUUUGUUAAAGAUGUGUGCAGCUUCGGUAUGCAGGACCUGGAUUACUGCGAGUUUCCCAAGUCCGUGAAGACACGCGAGGAACUGAUAGAGUACCUGACCGUUAUUAUCUUCACUGCCUCAGCCCAGCAUGCAGCUGUCAACUUCGGACAGUAUGACUGGUGUUCCUGGAUCCCCAAUGCUCCAUCUACCAUGCGGAAACCCCCACCCAACAAGAAAGGUCUGGCCAAUGUGAAUUUGAUCGUUGAGAGCCUUCCUGAUCGCGGGCGCUCCAGCUGGCACCUGGGGGCCGUCUGGGCCCUCAGCCAAUACCAAGAGAAUGAACUGUACCUGGGAAUGUAUCCUGAUGAGCACUUCACAGAGAAGCCGGUGAAGGAUGCCAUGGCAAAGUUCAGGAAGGAGCUGGCAGAGAUAACCAGCUCCAUCAAGAAGAGGAACGAGGGAAAGAAGCUACCAUACUACAACAUGUCUCCUGACAAAAUCCCAAACAGUGUUGCAGUUUGAGAAUUCAAACAAGACUAAUUUAGUGGAGAGGCUCAUACUUAUACAUACAGAUUGAAGAUUGAUGAUGUUACCGAGCUGUCCAGAUAUGCUCUAUGUUACCUAUGAUUGGGAUAUUUCUGUGGAAGCGGUUUCUUUUUAAUCUUGUGCAUCUUGAAAAAUUGGAAUAUUUUGAAGGUUUUUAUUGUAAUAAUUCAAGAAGAUAAACUUUCAUAUAAUCUACAUUCAUUAUACGUAAAGUGAACAUUAAAAAAAAUGCUUUAAUUAUGCUGGUUAUGGUCAAAAAUCCAGGGUCCCAAAUUAUUUGAAUAUUUCCUGAAAUGAAUCAAAAUUGCUGAGGUGUUUUUGACAGCAGCUUUUAGCUUGUGUUCCUUUUUGAGUCCGGUGUUUCUCAUCUAACGGUGACUAUACCCCACACAUUCUCUCUGUAGUCCAGGUCAGGUGAGCUGGUUGGCCAAUCAAACACAAUAAUAAUAAUAAUAUGGUCAGAAAAAACAUCUGGUAAUCAUUUUGGCACUGUGGGCAGAUGCUAAGCUUCAUGCCGGAAAAUGAAAUCCGUAUCUCCAUAAAGCCUCUCAGCAAAAGGAAACGUGAAGCUCUAAAAUAUCCUGGUAGAUGCCUGUGUUGACUUUGGACUUGAUGAAUCUCAGUGGACCAACCACCAGUAACAACCAGCACCUCGCAUCAUCACAGAUUCCAGAAAGUUCACACUAGAAUUCAAACACCUGUGCCUCUCCAGUCUCGUACUUUGAUAGAAAAUGUACUUCAUCUGAAAUAAGCAGCAGUUCACUUCCUUCUCUCCUUAGCUCAUGUAAGAUGCUUCUGACAGGAAUGACCUGAUGUUACGGAUGUGGGUCCUUUCCUAAGGAUGUCUCUCCUGCAGUCCUUGUGAAGUUCUCCCAAAUUCUUGAAUCGACUUCUCCUGAUCAAAGGAGCUUGCAAAGAAAAGCGUCUGGACUUCUUUAAGUUGCUUGAAGACGUUUCACCUCUCAUCCGAGAAGCUUCUUCAGUUCUAAGGUCAAAUGG